AUGGUCCUCAUACUCACGUGCCUUCUGAUCUGCUACAACCCGAGAGACAGCACGGAGGAUAUCCUCAUCAAGACGGGCACCAUCGUGCGCCAGCAACACAAACCUGGGGAAAGAGGGGGGGAAGAGCCGGGCUCGCAAGCCGGCGAUCUUGAAGGAACACCGGGGGGCGCCAAAAAUCCAGCGGGCGCGUCCAUCCAUGCGUUAAGACUAGAUCUAGUUCAGCCAGCAGGAGCGGCAAGGCGGGCAGGAGCGGUGGGAAAACGGGGAGCUGCGGGAGGGAGCCCGGACCGCUCGACCCCGGCGAUGUCACCGAUGGCCGUAGAGAACUUUUUGACCCCAAGACGCGGUGGAAACAGGAUAACGUAUGGUCCAGACUCUGACGGCGGGGACGAUGGCGAGACGUACGCGUACCAGAACCCCAGAAAAGGCAAGUCCGCCGCGGUGGGACCGCCGAGGGCCAAGGCGAAGACGGCCACCGCCGCCGCUGCCGCUGCCGCUGCCGUCACCACCACCGUCGCCCCCGCCACCGCCGUUGCAGCAACAGCAACUUCCCCUGAGGGUUCCCGGGCGGCGCAGGAGAAACGGCAGCACGGAGCCGGGGCCGCGGCCGUCGCCCCUGUGCCCACCCCCGUAGCCAGGCUCCUCCCGGGAGCCGCCCCGUCAAGACGCCACGGAGAAGAAAAGAGGAGCCAUGAACGCAACCACAGUUACGACUCCAGCAGCAGCGCCGAUGGCGAAGAGGAAAAGAAGAGGGAUGAUCACGGGUGUGGAGGAAUCAUGGCAGACAUGAGGCCGGUGUCUGCUGGAGCAGGCGACGAAAACGACGGCAGCGACUUUUACCAGAAGUUGGGUGCCCAGACCCCUGCCGCACAAUACGGAGGCGGCGGCGGCGGCGGUGGCGGUAUCUUUGCAACAUCACGAACGUCACCAACACCGACAGGUGCUGCUCCCCCCUUGGAUCCCACUCGGUUUCUCGCUGGUACCUCGUUGGUACAGGCAACGGCGGCUUCGAGGUACUUUCCACACGGUGACGGCGGCAGCUUCCAGGUACCGCAGUCCCCGAAAACGCCUGAAUUGCCCGGCGGCAACGACAACGGCAACGCCGAGAAAUCACUGCGGCUCGACGGUCAGACCAACAUAUUGACGUCCCCAAAGCCAGCCGACGUGCCCACCUCCAGCGGCGUAGAAGAGCGAACGGUCGUUCCGUCUUCGUCUGGCUUGACCUCCAAUCCUUGCCUCUUGUCCCAGCAAACCCCUGUCGCAUCGCCACGUGGCGGGUUGCCACCCACGUACCAGGAACACACCGACGCGGUUGGAAACGCGGCACGCAGUGGCAGCCCGGCGUCUGAGGGGCACUCGGCGAGCGGGGACUCGUCCGUUGGCGACACGACCGGCCUCGUGGCGUCGCUUGCCAACGCCCUCCUCGCCCGCGCGAACGCCGGGGACGGCGCGUCUCCCACCAACGGCAGCGAGAACCAGCAGCAGGAAGAGGAAGCAGGGAAGAACGACCCUUCUUCUACUCCCGCCGUUUUGUUGAAAGGGUUGAUGACACAGACGCCGCCGGGCGGGGUCUCUCCGGCGCGCCCUGAAAGAAAAACACUGCAACGCCAGCCAAGCGGGUCUGCCGCUUAUCCGCGGAGCGGGAGCGACCUGUCUCCUGUACCGUUCGCCCGCGGCACUCUCUUCCAAGUGGCAGAUUUCCCGGAGGAGGAGGAGGAGGAGACACCGUCUCCAUUGCCGGUGGUUGAGGCAACAGCGAAAUCCUUGCCCCAGGUGGAGAUGAGCACGGCCGUAGAGGGGUCGCGAAUGUUGCUAGGCCAGACGCCGAUCACGUUAUCGAACGCGGACGCGACGCGGCUGUACGAGUCAAAUAUUUCCACUGACACUGUGCCAAUAACUGCAGCAGAAGCAGCAGGAGCUCCAGAUGGGGGAGCCGGGGACGAAGAGAAAACGUCUGACAUUACGUCCGGGCGGAAAGCUAGUACCUCGGAGCAGCAGCCAGUUGUCGAGGACGGAGCGCCCUCACCCGUUGUGGAGCCUGCCGACCAAGCACGCGCAUCGCCUCCUUACAUCCCACUCAACACGACACUGACGAACGGGGUGGAGGAACCGGCGGUGGUUGCUGGGGGUACCCCCUCCGAUGGCCCCAACAGCGACGAUGCUACCACUACCGCAAGCGCCACAGCAGCAGCCCCGCGUCCCAGCACCAAACCGCAGAGCAGAUUCUCGCGCUUCGUUGAGAAGGCGUUGUCGACGGACGUUGCCGCUCCGGCCGAGGCGCUGCCUACGCCAGCCGCCGAAGCGGCGACGGCAGAGGGUGGAAGUGACGGGAUCAACGGGACAAGUGGCGAUCCGGCCGCAGCAGGAGAACGAAAAACGGGAACAGAAACAGGAGCACACCCGCGUGCAGAAUAA